AUGAUCAACACAGGGAAGUUGGCCGGUUGCACCAUCUUCAUCACUGGUGCGUCUAGAGGAAUCGGCAAAAGCAUUGCCCUCAAGGCUGCUCAAGAUGGAGCUAAUAUUGUGUUGGCGGCUAAAACUGCCGAGCCGCAUCCCAAGCUUCCUGGAACUAUUUAUUCAGCAGCUGAUGAAGUUGAGAAAGCCGGAGGUAAGGCACUACCCUGUGUUGUUGAUGUGAGAGAUGAAAACCAAGUGUCAAGCGCAGUCAAGGUUGCAGUGGAAAAAUUUGGAGGCAUUGAUAUUCUGGUCAACAAUGCCAGUGCCAUUUCUUUAACAGGAACUCUUUCCACGGACAUGAAGAGAUACGACCUAAUGAACAACAUCAAUGCCAGAGGAACUUUCCUUGUGUCCAAAAUGUGCUUACCACAUCUACUAAAGAGCAAAAACCCGCACAUAAUCAACAUCAGUCCUCCACUGAAUAUGCAUCCGAUUUGGUUCAAGAAUCAUUUAGCAUAUACCAUGGCAAAGUAUGGCAUGUCUAUGUGUGUUUUGGGCAUGGCAGAAGAAUUCAAGGACCAAGGAGUUGCUGUUAAUGCUGUAUGGCCCAAAACUGCCAUCCACACAGCAGCCAUAGAAAUGUUAGCAGGACAAGAGUCGAUGAGAACUAGUAGAAAGCCUGAAAUCAUGUCUGAUGCUGUCUAUGCUUUAAUGUGUAAAAAUAGUAAAACUGUAACCGGGCAAUUUCUUGUUGAUGAAGAAAUCUUAAAAAAUGAAGGAAUAACUGAUUUAAAACAGUAUGCUUGUGAUCCAGAAAACGCGGAUAACUUGAUGUUAGACUUCUUCUUGGAUGUAAAUAGCACUGAUACGAGAAUAAUAGGAGCUGCUGCUGAAAAAACUCAGACAACAGCAAGUGUUCAAAAAAUUCCUAGGAUAUUUUCUGCCAUUGAGAAAAAAAUUAAUUCUGAACUUGUUAAUAAAACCGAUGCUGUCUACACCUUCGUUGUUCAAGGUAAUGAACCCGGUACUUGGUAUUUAGAUCUUAAAAAUGGCAGUGGAUCAUGUGGCCAAGGUGAUCCACCUAAAGCACCAGCAGAUGCCACAUUGACCAUGACCUCUGACAAUUUCUUUGACAUGUUUUCGGGAAAAUUGAAACCGGCAACGGCUUUUAUGAUGGGUAAGUUGAAAGUCACUGGUAAUUUCCAAAAAGUCAUGAAGUUGGAAACAAUGAUGAAAAGUUUGAAAGCCAAGCUGUGAAAAAAAACCAUUUAUUGUUUAAAUUUUUAUAUAUUCAUUUAUAAAUAUGUUAAGCAGCUGUUGAAACUUUUUAUAUACUUGUGCAAAAAUUCAAGGUAAGGGCAUAAACAAUAAUGAUAUUAGUAU